GAGCGAGCGAGAGAGAGUGUGUGAAAGAGUGAAAGAGAGGCGCAGAGAGAGAGAGAGAGAGAGACACAGCCUGCCCUUCGCCUCAGAGCAGAGGCAGAUCGAGUCCCCGCAGCAUUGAACGUAGUCGAGGUAUCGAGACUGUCACCGGUAUCUCUUAAUUACAGUCAAUUGUGAAACGGAAACUUCGCAGAAAAAAAGAUAAACGAAUAAGACAAUAUUUUUACGCGGGGUUGUGUUUUGGAAAUCCGUACCAGGAGGAGAGAAAACAACUUUUUUUCUACUAUUAGUUUUUCGUUGCAUAAUCUUGGAGGAGCUCUCCAAAACAACGACACAUCCACGGCGACCAAAAUAACACUCUUGGAGGACGAAAUUUAGAGAAAGAACGAACGAGUAAUAUUAACAUUAUUUUUUGUCAUCGCGCCACAGCCCAUAGCGGAAGAGGUAAACGAGGGCGCAGGCGACAUUCGAUUGCAUGGCGCGUGCGACAUCUCCUCUCCAGCAAAACUACAGCGCGUGGCCAUACCUCCAUACACAGGGCUAGGUAAUAAUAUAUGCGCCAACAACUAGAGAAUUGGAUGUUCAUCUUUCCAUAUUGUAGCAGCUACAGUUACAGUAUAUAAGACAGUGUCUUCACAUUCCCGGAGAAGCAACACUGGGCUUCAACUCCAAUCGAAGAGGCGGAGUCUUAACUUAUUAAAAGGAACUUGCCGAGACUCGGACGCCUGCAAACAUGAUGAUGAUGUCUCUGAACAGCAAGCAGGCAUUCGCCAUGGCCCACGCCAGCUUGCCCGAGCCUAAGUAUUCCUUGCAUUCCUCCUCGUCCUCCACGUUGACUUCGAAUGCGCCCUCCUCGUGCUCGUCUUCCCGACACAGUAGCACCAUCAUCAGCAGCGGCGGAGGCAACUCGGAGGCGAUGCGCCGAGGAUGUCUCCCAACCCCACCGAGCAAUAUAUUCGGAGGCUUGGAUGAGAGUUUGUUGGCCCGCGCUGAAGCUCUGGCCGCGGUGGAUAUUGUCUCGCAGACCAAGAGCCACCACCAUCCUCCACACCACAGUCCCUUCAAGCCGGACGCGACCUACCACACCAUGAACACUCUCCCCUGCACCUCCUCAUCGUCUUCUUCCUCGGUGCCUAUUUCUCACCCUUCAGCCCUUUCCGGCCACGGUCACCACCACCAUCAUCACCAUCACCACCACCACCAACCCCACCAGGCGCUGGAGGGCGACCUGCUGGACCACAUCACCCCAGGACUGGCUCUCGGGUCCAUGGCAGGGCCAGACGGCUCCGCAACUGCGCACCCUGCUCACAUGGCGGGCAUGAACCACAUGCACCAGGCAGCCCUCAACAUGGCUCAUGCCCACGGGCUACCAUCCCACAUGGGCUGCAUGAGCGACGUGGACGCCGAUCCCAGGGACUUAGAAGCCUUCGCUGAGAGGUUUAAACAGAGACGGAUCAAACUCGGCGUGACCCAGGCGGAUGUAGGGGGAGCCUUGGCCAACCUGAAGAUUCCUGGCGUGGGCUCCCUCAGCCAGAGUACCAUCUGCCGAUUCGAGUCCCUCACCCUCUCCCACAACAACAUGAUAGCUUUGAAGCCCAUUCUACAGGCAUGGCUGGAAGAAGCCGAGAAAUCACACCGGGAAAAACUCAACAAACCCGAGCUAUAUAACGGCGGAGAGAAGAAGCGGAAGCGCACGUCGAUAGCAGCACCGGAAAAGCGAUCACUGGAAGCUUACUUCGCCAUUCAGCCGCGUCCUUCCUCAGAGAAAAUCGCUGCUAUAGCAGAGAAACUGGACCUCAAAAAGAACGUGGUGCGGGUCUGGUUUUGCAACCAACGGCAGAAACAGAAACGAAUGAAAUAUUCUGCAUGCGUCUGACUCUGAACACUCGCUCUAAAAAAUAAAAAAUAAACUAUCAACCUACGUUGAGAGACUGAACACUGUUUAGAGACGAUUUGUAUUAUAUUUCUUAUCACACACUUUUUCAAUCAUCAAUGACUUGUGCUUUGAACAACCCGAAUAAUUCAUAUACAUUCAAAAUGACUGAAAGCUCAAACCACUACUGCUGUCACCUCUUAUUCGCUACAAAAGGGAUGUGGAGUCAUGUACAGGAGCAUUUGAACAGAGCAAGUAAGACCUCUGUUUUUUCUCCACCUAGACCUACUAUUCUUCACCCUUUUAUGUCAGUUAAGUAUUAUAGGCUUUAAUCACACGUAUUUUUUUGGUUUAUGAUAUUGGUUAAUUUAUCAUAGCCUACAAUAUUGAACGUCCUGAAAAGAACAGUUGUUUACCAUGGGAAAAUAGGCCUACAGUAUUUUGACACAGCACUUGGUCUGUGCCUAUUGACCUAGUAUUGGUGUGUUUAUAUUUUUUGUCGCAAGGCUACAUUUCCCCUGUGAGUUUAUUAUUAUGACGAUGCAGUCUGGCAUUAAUUCCGGGUCCACGAGGGGAAAUAGGACAGUACAGUAAGCGCUUGCUGGGUCAUGGAAGCUAUUAUUAGAUUAUUGCCAAACAACGCCGUGUAAAUGAUUCAUUUAGCGGUCACAUGACCUUCAUUUUGUGUCCCAUGUAAUUAAUUCCACCUAUUUCGUUUUAAAGUGUGAUGAAAAAGCUGAAAGAUGAAGAAACGUGGUAAGAUAUAAAGCAAAGACCCAGAGUUUAGGCCCAAAUCGAGCAACACUGUUUAUACAAUAUAGCUGGUGUAGGGGUCGUUUUCUAUUGCAUAAGCAUCUAUCUGGCUGUAGAUGGGCCUAUAGAAAUAGUGGAUCAAAUGUAUGCAUUUGAUUGGGGUUUACAAUUGCCAAAUAUGAUUGUUUUACUACCGUUUGCAAUAGGGCUACGUUUGUUUUUGCCAGCCAACGUGGGUCUGUUUCUUAUGAACUAUUUAUUAGAUGAGGCCAUGUUUACAUCAUUAUAUAUUUAUUGGGAUUCCCCCUCCUCUUCCUCCUCCCUCGUUUUGCUUGAGAAAAGCUCAUUCUGACAGCAAGUGAAACGUGUUUUCGUAUAGGGAAAUGACAGCUAAAUCUAGACCUAUAGUCACGACUUUCAUUUCGUUUCUGCUAAACGUUCGAGAUGGUACAAUCGAGAGAUAUAUGCGAUAGUAUUCUCUUUUUAAAUUAUUUUUAUGUAUGUUUUUUUCUGGUUAUUUAUUUGUAUAAAUAUGCGCAUCAUUAUGAAGUCGUUGCUUGUUAAAUUCACCUUGUUUCGUGAUGUUUUCUUAUUGAGAAAAUAACCGUUUCAUGGAAGUAUACGUGUAAAAUGUAAAUAUUUCAUUGGAACCAGUUGCACAUAAUUAUAUCCGUACAGGUUUUGCUGUAUUGCUGUUUUAGCUGAGGUACCUUCUUUCUGUGAUGUCUGUUGCUUUUGGAUUCCUGGUCGAAUUAUUUUUGUAUUUAUUUACUACAUUAAUGUAUCUUUAAGUUAUUUAAUAAUUGAAUUGCAAUAUGUGUUUCAUUAAAGAACAAAUUUUAACAUUUUA